CCCCCCUUCCCCUCCUCCUCCUCCUCCGCCGCCGCCGCCGCCGACGACGACGACGACGAGAUGCCCCCGACCGGAGCGCUCCACGCCGGCGGCCGCCACCUCCUCCCGCUCCGCCGCGCCCCGGGUGCGGCCCAGCAGCCAUGGUCCCACGUCCGCUCCCACCUCAUCUCCUCCUCCAAGCGCCCCUCCCCCUCCCCCUCCCCGCCGCCGCCGCCGCCCCCGCCGCUGCCGGUUGCCCCGUCUACCUCCGCCUUCGUGCAGACCGCGGGCAGGAGGAGCGGGGGCGGGGCCGGGGCCGGGGCCGCCGUCGGGUCCGGGGUGGUCGCGUGGUACCUCGGCUCGAUCGAGGCGCGGCCCGUGCUGACCAAGAGCGUCACCGCCGCCGCCAUCUUCACCGUCGCCGACCUCUCCUCCCAGAUGAUCACACUUGGCCCUGAAGAUUCACUUGAUCUAGUUAGGACUCUGCGGAUGGCUAGUUAUGGGCUGCUGAUCUCAGGACCUUCCUUGCAUAUUUGGUUCAACUUUGUCUCAAAAUUGCUCCCCAAACAGGACGUAAUGAACACCUUCAAGAAGAUGUUUCUUGGGCAAGCGGUUUAUGGACCAAUUAUUAAUUCAGUUUUCUUCUCAUACAAUGCAGGAUUGCAAGGUGAGACCAUCCCAGAGAUCAUGGCAAGACUGAAGAGAGAUUUAAUCCCGACCAUCAAAAGUGGACUUAUAUACUGGCCACUUUGUGACUUUAUCACUUUCAAGUUUAUCCCCGUUCAUUUACAGCCGCUAGUGAGCAAUUCCUUCUCGUUUCUUUGGACCAUCUACAUAACAUACAUGGCUAGCUUAAAGAAAGCAGAUGUUGAUGUGACCACGAGUUCAUAAUCAGAGCUGAAUGAACUCCAUGUGUCGAUUGUGUUAACUAUUAGUACUUUUGCAAGAUGGUCUUCACAGGAAUUAACUGGACUAUGAUGCGGCUGGCUAUAUCACUAUCUGCUCCUCUCAAUGGGAGGCUAGAAACAGAGAUGAACUUAUCCCUACCUAUUAUUUCUUUAGUGGUGUAUAGUGUCCACUAAACCUGCUUCCUCUUUUUUCCCAUUUUUUUUUAUUUUGGCCUGAAGGCCUUUUGUUUGGAUGAUAGAGGAAACCCAUACUAGGCAUUUAUUCUAUCUUUCCGGGUUUCUCAUUCCACGGCUCAGAAGCCAAGCAAUUUUCACCAAAUUUACUGUAACCAGCUAUGGAGGUGUAAGGUAAUUUUGUUCUUUUCAGUAAGAUAAGUCGGACCGAACAAGGUUUAUGCUCCAACAUCUUUUACAUAUGAUGCAGCUUUUGUUGAAGAAUAUAUAUUUCUUUGGAUUUUCUU